UUGUAAAAUUCUCUUCUUGUUAUUGUUAGCUUGUUUGCAUGAUUGUUCACUUGUUUGUUGCUCCUCCUUUUUCAGCUUCUUUUUCCACUUAUUUUCUUCCCUUUUAGUUCUUUUGCACUCCACAAUUGUGGGUUCUUGGCUGGCUGAGAACAAGCUUAGGGCGCAGGAUAAAAUACCCUUAAAUGGGGAAAGUGAAAGCAUCCAGUCGGGGGAAACGAUAUUUGUAUAUAUUUAUACAUUUAUUUUUUGGUAUUGCCUUUCUUUUAUUUUCUUCUUCAUCUUCCAGAAUAUUUUCUUUUUCUUGCCCAUCAUUUAAGCUUGAAAAAGGAAAUGGUUGAGCAUUUCCCGGUUGACAGCCUUUGUCUUCUUCCAUCAAAAAUUUUUGAAUGGGCAAAUAGAGGAGGAGGAUAAAUUCUUUUAGUUGCCAGAUUUGACUUUAAAAAUAUAUUUAUUAAUUCGUCCUAUGAAAGUGAACAGGAUAUCAUACAUUUUGUAACAAUUCUCUUUCACAUUUUUGAGAAGAAUUUCUUUAAAAUUUAUUUCAAACAUUUUUUAAAGUUUUUUAAAAAUUAUUUCCAAUUAUUUUAGUUGAAAGAUUAUUUUCAAAUUUUAACUACCAUCCCGAAUGGAUGGCCGAACCCAGAGCCUUUGUGCAGUUUGCGGCACUUUUCCACCUAUUUAUUCUUUUCUGUUUUCUUAACCUUCUUCUAAUAGAAAGUCAGUGCUCAGCAGAAAGAAAAGCCUUUUUUCGUCGAAAUUCUCGUCAUCUUCGCCGACUUUCACGUCUCUAUGAUUGGGAAGUAGACGAAUUUGGAUCAUUUAGGCCAGUAAUCCCAAUAACACAAAAUCAAAGAUUUCUUCGCCAAAUUAAACAAGAAAAUGAAGAAAAAUUAGAAAUUAAAAUAAAUAAUAAUCAACAACAAAUAUGUGCAAAUGAUUCCUAUAUUCUUGAUAAAUUACUUAUUAAUUAUAAUAGACAUAAAAUUCCUGGUGGAAAAGUUGAAGUUAUGGUUGAGGUUUGGGUGCAGGAAAUUACAACAAUUUCUGUUAGACAUUUAUAUCAGCGAAAUGUGGAGGGAUCAAGCUUUGGAUUAUUCUUGGAUGGAACCUUGCAAAUAUAA